AAUGAAGCUAAUGUUCGGACCAGGAAGUGUAAUUAGUUCCGCCUCCUUGUUUUUGGUCCGACACAAUACCAUUGAGUGGCGGUGGUUGUGCUAGUGUUUCACACGGGAAGACUCGCUGAAGAACCAGAGCCUGCUACAUGGAUGUUAUUCACAAAGACCUGCUGAGGAACCACAGACUGGUCCUGUGCGAGGAGCUGCUUGUCAGCGACACCAUCCUUCCGUUCUUGUACCAGGAGGCCAUUUUAACAGGGGCGCAGGUAGAAGAAAUCCAGUCUCAAAGCACAGACCGGAAGAGAAGUCUCAAGCUGCUGGACAUUUUGCCGAACCGCGGCCCACGAGCUUUCCACUGCUUCCUGCAAGCUUUGGACUUCGAAUUCAGCUGGCUCCGAGACCGUCUGCUCCAGGAUCUGCGAGCCCGAACUGAAACUGGAGCCUGGUGUACAAGUCACGGAGAAACAUCGCCGCCCAGUGGACAUGAAGACGCGUGGCGUCUUCCUCGCCCGCUCGGAGAGAAAGUUCCUUCGGACCGUGAGCUGUCACGUCUGGCGUCCCGUCUGGGCGGCGAGUGGGAGGCGGUGCUGAUGGACCUGGGCUUCUCGGCCACCGCCUUGUUUCGCUGCCGGGCCGAUCACGCCCUCAGCUGUCACGACGCCGCGCUGGCUGCCCUGCUGCAAUGGAGACGAUCCGAGGGCAAGCGCGCCACCUUGAGCAGACUGGAGCAAAGCCUACAGGUGACCGGCGUCCACCCGUCCGUCCUGAAAGACGUCCUGCUGUGAGACGUUGCGCUGUCCCUCACCGAGGCGACACAAGAGGUGGAUGUAGUCUUUUAAUAUAUAUACACACUGAGCUACGACAUCUUUUACACUCAUUCACUCAGCCGGCGCAGCGUCGGUAGAAGUAGAAGUGGUAGUCUGUGAAGAGCGCCCCCCCAAAGUGAUGGUCGGUGCUGCAGUCGGCUUGACCCUGCACGUGAGACGAGACUUUGGUCACGUGACCUCUCCGUCCGAGAAUAAAAAGGACGAAGGAGACGUGUGUGUCAUUCUUACGGCCACCGUGGAGCGGAAGUGAUAGGAGCUGUGAUGAAGACGAGCGACGUGCAGAGGCCACUCGUGCUCCCCCUGCACACGCACACACACGCACACACGUUGAUUGUGCAGUAAUAACAGCAGCCACUGGAGGGAGCGAUGACUCAGCUAGUUUUGACCUGAGUGUUUGAUGGGUAUCUGCCGGCACUGGCGUGGCUUCUGUUGUGCACGCUGGUGCACGUGGACGACUCCUGGAAAGCACACAGGUGGACGACCAGCAGCUGUGUGGAACUGUCCAAAGCAGACAAGGACAGGUCAAGGACAGGUCAUCUGCCAAUGUGAGGAAGCUAAGCUAGCUGCUCACUUCAUGAGGAGCGUCACUCGCAUGUUGACGGGCACAAACGGGCUGAUGGGGACCUGGAAGACGAACCUGUCGGGUCUGAAGAGGACGUGCGUCAAGGUCGUAGGCGGAGCUGCGGAUGUUGGGAGAGGUUUUUUUCGGUCACACUUACCCGCACUCGUCUCUCACACAGUAGCGCCUGUCAAUCACCUGCUGGUUCUCUUUGAUCAUGAAAGACGUCAUGCUGGUGUUUGUCCCUGAGUCACACACACACUGUGAGAACGUCCUGGUGAAGCUGUGGGACUUUAAAGAGCUUACAGUCUUUGGCGCUGAGGAACUUCUGGAAAAAGUCGUUGGCCACGUCCGAUUGGCUGGAGGUGAGGUUGGUGUCACGGCGGCCCACUGCUGGCGAGGGGCAGCAGUACACCGUGUCGCAGUAGAGCAGGUCACAGAAGUGCACAUCGGGG